AUGUCAUUUCAAGAAUUAGGAGUUGCCAGAUGGCUUCUGGAAUCUUUAGAAGCCAUGAAGAUUCAUAAACCCACAUCAAUUCAACAAGCUUGUAUUCCUGCGAUAUUAAAAGGUCAAGACUGUAUAGGAGGUGCUAAAACUGGGUCUGGUAAAACCAUUGCAUUUGCAGCACCAAUGUUAACACAAUGGUCAGAAGAUCCUUAUGGAAUUUUUGGAUUGAUUUUAACACCUACAAGAGAACUAGCACUACAAAUUGCUGAACAAUUCACUGCGUUAGGAGCAAAUAUGAAUAUCAAAGUUGCAGUUAUAGUUGGAGGAGAAGAUUUUAUAAAACAAACUUUAGAACUACAAAAGAAACCACAUUUUGUUAUUGCAACCCCUGGGAGACUAGCCGAUCACAUAAUGAACAGUGGAGAAGAAACAAUAAGUGGAUUAAGAAGAAUUCGAUAUUUAGUACUAGAUGAAGCAGAUAGAUUAUUAAGUGAUAGUUUUUCAAGUGAUUUAGAAAGAUGUUUUGAAAUACUACCACCACUGGAAAAAAGACAAACUUUAUUAUUUACAGCUACUGUAACUGAUGCAGUUAAAGAAUUAAAAGAUAGACCACAACCAAAAAAUAAAUUACCUGUUUUUAUGCAUGAAGUAGAUACAGUUGAUAAGGUAGCCAUACCCAAUACUUUAAUGGUGAAAUAUGUAUUUGUACCAUCUUAUGUUAAAGAAGCUUAUUUACAUAGUAUAUUACUAUUACCAAAAUACAAAGAAUCAACAAUAGUUGUAUUUGUCAAUAGAACAAUAACAGCAGAAGUUUUGAGAAGAUCAUUGAGAAAACUAGAUUUUAGAGUUACUUCAUUACAUUCACAAAUGCCACAAUCCGAAAGAACAAAUUCAUUACAUAGAUUUAAAGCAGGAGCAGCAAGAAUACUAAUAGCAACAGAUGUAGCAUCAAGAGGUUUAGAUAUUCCACAAGUUGAAUUGGUGGUGAAUUUCGAUAUACCUGCAGAUCCAGACGAUUUUAUACAUAGAGUAGGUAGAACAGCAAGAGCUGGUAAAAAAGGUGAUGCUAUAAGUAUAAUUGGUGAAAAAGAUAUAGAAAGAAUUCAAGGUAUAGAAGAAAGAAUUAAUAAGAAGAUGGAUUUACUUGAAGAAAUUGAUGAUGAUAAGAUCAUUAAAGAUUCUUUGAAUUUGAUCACUACAGCUAAAAGGGAAUCUUUACUGGAGAUGGAAAGAGAAGGCUUUGGUGAGAAAAAGAGGAUCAAUAAAAGAAAGCACGAAAUAGUGGAGUCAAAACCUAAAACCAUGAAAUCUAAAAAAUCUAAGUCAUAA